AAAUAGUGAAGCGAUAUUCCUAUAGUAUACAACAACAGCCUUAUGGAGUAGAAUACUUAUCGCAUAAUUCCUAUACUCUCCUUUUAUCUACGGCGGCAUUGCCAAGCGACGCUCACUUCGCUCAGUCGCGUGAUCAGCAACUCUCGUUUCCAAAGAUGACGGACACCGAUCUCAAGAAACCCGUCACCACCAACGGUGAGUCGGGCCGCCCCGAGUCCGGGGAACAUGCGGCCGACCAGAUGUUGGUAUCACUCGGAUACGCCCCCGAAAUGCAGCGGAACCGGUCUACUCUUCAGGUCGCCUUCAUGUCCUUCGUUCUGGCAGCUAUCCCCUACGGUUUGGCUACGACCAUGUACUACCCCUUAGUCGGAGGUGGUCCGGUCAACAUCAUAUGGGGAUGGGUAGCCGUAUCGCUCAUCAUCAUCUGCGUUGCUGCGUCUCUGGGCGAAAUCACGAGCGUAUAUCCAACUGCGGGCGGCGUUUAUUACCAGACCUUCAUGUUAGCAUCUCCCGAGUGGCGUCGACUUGCGGCCUGGACCUGUGGUUGGCUUUACGUCGUCGGCAACGUUACCAUCACCUUGGCUGUCAACUUCGGAACGACCUUGUUUUUGGUUGGGUGUAUCAAUGUUUUCGAAACCGCCGAUGGCGAGGGAGUGCUCGCGGGCGAGCCCUACCAAGUCUUCCUAAUCUUCUUGGGACUUACGCUCUUGUGUAAUGCCAUUUCGUCUUUGGGAAACAAAUGGCUUCCUAUUCUUGACACUUUCGCCAUUUUCUGGACCUUUGCCGGCGUCCUCGCUCUCAUGGUUUGCGUCUUAGCCAUUGCUAAGAAUGGCCGUCACGAUGCAAAAUGGGUUUUCGGGCAUUUUGAGGCUAACUCUGGUUGGACUCCCGGUUGGUCAUUCGUCGUUGGUCUUCUACAUGCCGCCUACGCCACUUCUUCUACCGGCAUGAUCAUCUCGAUGUGCGAAGAAGUUCAAGCUCCGGCGACGCAGGUACCUAAGGCAAUGGUGUUGACUGUCUGCCUCAACACAAUCGCUGGGUUAAUGUUCAUGAUUCCGUUGGUGUUCGUCCUUCCCGAUAUACAGGACCUCAUCCUCCUCGCGCAGCCGGUCCCGACCAUCGUCAAGAGCGCGGUAGGCAAUUCAGGGGGUGCAUUCGGCUUACUCAUCCCGCUUCUGGUCUUAGCCAUGAUCUGUGGUAUCGGUUGCACAACGGCUACUUCGCGAUGUAUCUACGCUUUUGCUCGGGACGGCGCUAUUCCCGGAUCUAAGUGGUGGAAGGUUAUCGAUCAUAGGCUAGACGACGUGCCGUUAAACGCUAUGAUGUUGAGCAUGGUCGUUCAAAUCAUCUUGGGCGCCAUCUACUUCGGUUCUUCCGCCGCCUUCAACGCUUUCUCUGGAGUGGGAGUGAUCGCUCUCACGGCAUCUUACGCUAUGCCAAUCAUAGUCAGUAUGCUGAAUGGCCGCCGGGUCGUCAGUACCGCUAGUUUCUACUUGGGUUCGUUUGGAUGGUUCUGCAAUAUCGUGGCGACCGCCUGGUCUCUCCUGGCUAUUCCAUUAUUUUGCAUGCCCAGUACCGUUCCGGUUGUCGAUCCUACAACCAUGAACUACGCGUCGGUCGUCUUCGUAGGCUUUGUCGCUAUCUCUGCUGGCUGGUAUGUAGCCUGGGGACGGAAGAAUUACGUUGGGCCGCCGAAGUGAUUUUUUUGCCGAUGUUUGGGAUACCUAUGAAGCGCGGAUAGAACCUCCUCGCUCAUUGGAUGGUUUGCUUGUGUCCUGUUUGAUGCUCCGUGCUCAAUAUUUUGCUGUGAUACCCAAGAAAAUGGAUGGAUUUGUUAUAUACGGACACGGGGCCGUCGUGAUGUGAUAGCCCGCAAGUUGAUACACAAUGCAAGCUCUAGCGAGUGCAGCAUAUUUAUACAUGAAUAACUAUUGCGCCACAACAAGCGACCAAAUAAUUUUAUUGCUUCCAUGGUAUUGGCCAUGUCAAUAAUAUGGCAUUGCGAUCAACCCCUUUUGCAAACUUACCUGCUUAGUCUUUCUCUUAGCUACCACGCGAGCAAUAUUCAUUGAACUUUCUGCGGGUGCUACUUGAAUAAAGGAACAGCGCACGGUCUGGAGAUAUUUGAUUGUAAUAAAUCGAUUCGGCUAGAGAGAAACCCACAUCACGAAAGCCAAAACGAAUGGAACUAAAUCCGCCGUCUUGUCACGUAGGGCGGCGAAGGACCAUGGUUCAGCUCUACUUCUGCUCGUCAGUAAAGCUGCUGUGCUGGUCAG